AUGCAAGUGGGCCAAGCAAACCAGGGGACGGCAUCUGAUUACCAACCUUACGAAAUCCCAACACCGUUUGACUCAACCAUGAAUCAAGACCUGCCCCAAACCAAAUGCUUUAUUGAAUCUCAAGCCGGAAGUCCCUUUGCCAUUCGCUUCAAGAUCUCGCCUCUGUUCUCGUUCCCAGAUGACACCGAUGUACUCAUCAUCUCCGUCUUUGUCGAUGGGAAGCCUUUCGACGAAAAGUGUAUCCCACGAAGCAGGCUGUAUGGCGCAGAUUACAUGGACAAGAUUUGGUAUUUGGAAGAGGCUGAUCGGGAGACUGUAAACACUGAUCUCGAGCGCAUUAAGGCUCUGGGGACUAUCCAAGUCGCUGUUCAGGUUGCGAAGCGAAUCGCCCCUGGUCCAGUGGUCAAUGACUUUCAUGACGACAAGAGACAUAAGUCUCUCACGAUUGUUAAUAAUGCGCUUGUACUCAAUGGUCACGGCCGAACCCACGGAACUAGCUACAUCAAGACGGACGAAUCUCGCUCGUUCAAAUACACCACUGUUGAUAAUGUCCAGUACCUCGGAAAUUUCUUCUUCUUCUAUCUAUCUCGUGAUUCUCCUGAGGGCGAGGGCAUCUUUGACCAUAGAUUCAUCAACCAGUAUGCUGAUGAUAUGUUCCAUCCAGCUUCAUGCUACAAUGUGACAAUCAUGUCGAACGGAUGGAUUGACAACGAAUACACUGGCGACCAGUAG